AUGCCAGGCACGGAGACCGCGACCGUAGCAGCUGGCUGCUUUUGGGGCGUUGAGCACUUGUACCGCAAGAAUUUCGGCAACGGCAAAGGCCUACUCGACGCCAAGGUGGGCUACUGCGGUGGCCCAGUUCCGUCGCCGACUUAUCGAGCUGUCUGCUCCGGUUCAACUGGCCAUGCCGAGGCCCUCCGGAUAGUCUUUGAUCCCUCGAUUGUGACCUACCGUCAGCUCCUUGAAUUUUUCUACCGCAUGCACGACCCCACAACAGAAAACCGGCAGGGUCCAGAUGUCGGCACACAAUACCGCAGUGCGAUCUUUACGCACGGGGAAGAGCAGCAGAAGAUCGCGCAAGAGAUUACAGACAAGGUCAGCAAGCAGUGGUAUAAAACUCCGCUUUCUACCAAGAUCCUGCCAGCAGGCCAGUGGUGGGAUGCGGAGGAAUAUCACCAGCUCUAUCUUCAAAAUAACCCUGCUGGGUAUGAGUGUCCUGCUCACUUCAUCCGACCUUUCCCUCCUUUGUCGGAUUGA